AUGAGAGCCAACGAGGACACUGUGCUCGUGGGGCGCGCGUGCUCGCUGGUCCCGUACCGCAAGGAGCACGUCGAGACAUACCACCAGUGGAUGCUCAGCCCCGAGCUCCAGGAGCUCACCGCUAGCGAGCCCCUGUCUCUGGAGGAGGAGUUUGCCAUGCAAGUGAGCUGGCGCGACGACAAGGACAAGCUGACCUUCAUCAUCCUGGACCACACGGGCCCGCCGGGCGCAGGGGAGCCCCCGGUGCCGGCCUGCUGCUCCGCGGUCUGUGGGCACGCCGGCGGCGCCAUGUGCGGGGACGUCAACCUGUUCUUCAACGACCACGACGACGAGAAGACGGCGGAGAUCGACGUGAUGGUCGCGGUCCCCUCGAGCCGCCGGAAGGGCAUCGCGCGCGAGGCCGUGCGGAUGAUGAUGGCGUACGCCGCUGCCGACCUCCGCACGCGCCGCUUUGUGGCCAAGGUCAAGUCCGGGAACGAGCCCUCCCUGGCGCUGUUCCGCUCGCUCGGGUACGCCGAGGUGCGUCGGCUGGACUGGGCGGACGAGAUCCACCUCGCGCUGCCCGCGGGGGACCCUGCGGACACCCCCGCGGAUGGAGUGCUACUUGAGUCAGUCCGACAGACGGCUGCGGAGAUGACACGCGCGUCGUACAGCGGCGCUGGAUGA